AUGGAAACCCUUAUUUUGAUGGAAUGUGCUCUCUCGUUAAGUGCUGUCUACUUGGCGAACCUCCCGACGCAUGCGUUUGCUGUGACAAACAUACUUUAUGAUAUGCUGAUGGCAAAGGAGAACAUGCGACAUUUGGCAGCGUUGGAUGGUAACAGAGUGGAAAAUAAACAGUUUCUUGAGCUUCUCAAGGAUACCUACUUAGCCCUCGGUUCAACAGCAGCACUCCGUUCUCUACCGAUAAAGGUCCAGAAUGACGACAAGAUGCGUGUUUUGCUUUCCAAAGCUAGAUUUGAGUGGUUGGACGUGAUGUCAAAUCCUGGGGCAUCAUACCAAGAUCUGGUGGAUGCUCAUUGGUAUUGUGGAGUUCAUUACCGUGAACGCUGCAGAGAGCCUGAAAUACGGCGUUAG